CUCGAUGGCCGUAACUGGCAUCCCUCUUAAUAAAGACGGUGUAAGCAUAAGAGGAAGUGAUAUUUAAUGGAAACCCAGAGUGCAGGUGCGGCAGUGGGAGCAGAGCAGCAGCCAUUGAUGAAAAAGAAUGAGGAGCAAAACAAGAAGACGAUGAUCAAAGUGAUCAUGGUGGGGAUUGACGAGAGCGAUGAAAGCUUCUACGCGCUCAGGUGGACACUUGAUCACCUCUUUGUUUCCAUCGGUGAAGCGCCGGAAACGAGGCUGGAUGAAGUGGGCAAGGUCGUACUGGUUCAUGUUCAGCAGCCCUUCCACCAAUACGUCUUCCCGGCUGGGCCCGGUGGUGGAGCUGCAUUGUAUACAACGUCCGCGGUGGUGGAAUCUGUGAGGAAAGCCCAGGAAGAAAAUACUACAGCACGACUCUCUCGUGCAUUACAAAUGUGCAAAGACAAGAUGGCCAAAGCUGAGACACUGGUUCUUGAUGGAGACUCCAAGGACAUGAUUUGUCAGGCUGCAGAGCAAAUGCAGGUUGAUCUCCUGGUAGUGGGUAGCCGCGGCCUUGGCAAAAUUAAAAGGGCAUUCCUAGGAAGUGUGAGUGACUAUUGUGCACAUCAUGCAAAAUGUCCCAUUCUAAUUGUGAAGCCGCUGAGGGAGUCUAGCAAGUAGAGGCCGGAGUAGUUACACGCCGGCAUGGCUAGCUAGAUUAAUUAGUUGGAGAUAUUUUCUAGCCAUGAGCUUAAGGCGUAUGCUUUACCUUCUUGUACGUAUAAGGAUCGUCCAGAUCUCGGGUGGUUUUCAUCUAUUUCCUCGCGUUUCUACUUUGAAAUUCUGUACAGAAGAAUCUGGGCACCAUAAUUGAAAAAUAAAUAGUAUAAAAAUCGUGGUAGCGUUUGCA